CUGUAGCCUAUGCCAUCCCCCGUCGUCUCCAGGAAGUGGGUUUUUAAAAAGCCAUCUGAAUUCGUAUUAUGUUUCAGGUAGCAGAGAUAAGGCGGAAAAAAGUAUACCUGACUGUACGAUGUGGCUAUCGGAAUGUGAUGCCCUUGAGAACUCGGGAUAGUACUGAUGUAUAUUUAAUCCAAACGCCGACAACGGAGAUAUACACUAAUCCCUGGCUGACGGAUUUGAACACUUCAGCAAAGCCGUUCACGAACCUUGCAGAACUGCAAUGAUUUCAGGAUAUCUUAGAGGUGUCGAUGCACCUUACUUCGUAUUUUAAACGAUGUGCUGCAUCACAGUCAGACAACUAUGGCUAAAUACUUUGCACUCUUAACCGUCUGGUCCCAUUGCAGUUUCAGGAUAGACGUUAUCUAACGCAUUUAGACAGGUUAAGCGUACAGUUGCGUUAGCUGUAUAGACUCAGCGACGACCGGCUAUUCCACAUAGGUGUUAAACAGCAGAGAUUUUGGAUGUUUUGUGAUCAUGCGCUAGCAUUUUCAGUGUCACUACGCGCGCCGGCUGCUCCAGUGGUAGCCUACAAUGUAUACCCCAGCUGAACUGUCUUCAGUACGACUACAGUGAACGAUGCGGACGGACGUAGAGUACAGUCCGGUCGGCGAGGGCUUAGGGAUGAGCGAGUUUUGGCUCUAUGUGUGGAUGCGGAGAGUGGCCGUGAUCGCUGCACACGUCGCCUCCUUGGGAUUUACGAUAUUAAUGUGUCUUUUUUCCCGACCAGGAACAAGUCUCUUCUCCUGGCACCCUGUAUGCAUGUCUAUCUCUUUUUGUCUGUGCAUGACUGAGGGGAUCCUGCUCUUCUCCACGGAGGGCUCCCCAUUCUGCUUUAAGUCCCGUAAGGGGAAGGUGCGCCUGCACUGGUUCCUGCAGGCCCUGGUGGUGCUGGGCGGGGCCACCGGCCUGGGCUUCAUGGUGGCCAGCAAGCGGGCGUUGGAGCGCCCCCACCUGGCCACCUGGCACAGCCUGCUGGGCGUGGGCACCCUGGUGGCCACCACGCUCCAGGCGGCCUGCGGCCUCUGCCUGCUCUUCCCCGAGCUGCUCCACGUCUCCUCCCACGGCCGCCUGCGGCUCUACCACGCCACCUGCGGGCUGCUGGCCUAUCUCCUGGCAACCGUUACCGUGGUGCUGGCCAUGUUCACCGACUGGUUUCAGGCCACCGUCAAGGGCCUGCUGUGGUACGCCUUCCUGCUGCUGCCGCUCUUCCCUGCGCUGGUGGUGAUGAACCAGAUCACCAACGCCCACCUGCCCAAGAAGAAGAUCACCGCCUGAGCGGCUCUCUCUCUCUCUGAGGCGGUGCGGACGCGUGGGCUGACGUGUGUGACCGAACGCGGGACCUGCACUCGACGAAAACAGCAUUUAAAACCUUCCCUUCCCUGGAAAAAUUUGCACAUUCUAGCACAUACUGACUGAGCACCCAAAAUUAUGUGAUGUUUCCUGUAUAGUUUGGAUAAGAGAAAUUGUAACUGAAAAUUAAGGGCUGCUUUUAGCACACGUGUGACAUGUUACCUAGGGAGCAAAUUUGGCAUUUGUCAACUUGUGUUUUUUAACCGAAGGCCAGGGUAUUUUCUACUGUAUGCGUUAUUUUAAUUCAACCGUUUCUUUUUGUGAGGCACCCACAUCGCUGCGUUUAUGGGCAGCGAUGGAAGCAGGCUCGAGUGGGACGAUGGGGUCCAAAUCUUCCCCCGAUUCCCCCCCCCCCCCAAAUUUUUAUGUGAGCCAAGCCUAUUUUGACAGAAACACAACUGCACACAAAGGCGUUGUGAAUGUAGCACUCAAACAGCUCUGCUAAGAGAUCACAACAGAAACAGAAUGCCGGUUAUGAUUUAUCACCAGAUUUACCAGUUUACUGAAAGGCACUGACAUUUCCUAAUGACAUGCGGGCAACCCAUUAUGAAUUCUUAUUCGUCUAUCCAGGUCAGAGUUUACAAGGGGGCUGCUGCUUGCUUGAAAUGGCAAAUUUUAAACAUACUUCAAAGGGGCACUUGCAUCAAAGACUAAUUUAAUAUGCUGCCCACAAUAAAGGAACACAUUACGUAAUAUUUUCAAAGCCAAGUUAGACCAGAGCCAGACUCCUCUGCACACAAUGCUGGUGAUGUCACUGGAACUGAGGGCGCUCAGAACUGUGACACUGUCUGGGAGGGAGCUGGAAGUGAUGGCCAUUUGUUUUCACUGUGCUGUCUGAUUGCUCACACGCACCAAGCAGGUAUUUCAUCUGAUCGUGCAGAUGUACAGUUUGUAACAUGAUGAAUAUUUAAUUAAGGAAUAUUUAUUUAUUCAGGACAUGUCUCACCAGUCAUUUUCAGUCAGGUAAUGGUAAGGACUGCUCAGGGAUGACUGGGUUUUGGAAGGGUCCUUUCUGAUCAGAGUAAUGCAGAGUAAAUACUGGACAGAAAUCGGCACUCCAGUCUCAUGAAAUGAAAUGCAGUGGAGGAAACCAGGGGCUUCAAUCUGUUGAGUACUGAUGGAAUCCAGGUUGUAGAAGCUGAUCAUAAUUCCAAAAUAUUAGCGCACUGCCCUGUGUGUUUAAAUUUAAUCAAUCUAUCCAUUAAAGGUCUUCACUUCUGCGUUUCACUGCUUCAGAAAUGAAGGUAUUGGCCCGAUGGCAGUUUUAUGUCCCUGUUUAUUGUGACGUUCAUUGCAGUGUGCAGUUACGGCUGUCAAUAUCUUUGAGCCUGCACAAGACCCUUAAAUAUAUUUGCUUGUCAUCUUCCAGCAGUACAGCAUGUUGCUUUAUCAAAAAAAAAAAAAAAAAGUAAGAGUUUUGCUAAUUUAUUCCUAAACCCUGGGCUAUAACAUUUAUUUUAAUGGUACAAUAGCACAUUAUUGUCUAUGACCCAAGAACACUUGAUAGUGAAAAGUAUUUCUCAGGGUUUUGAACUGAAAGAAUGUUCAAGCUUAUCUGUAUGCACGUCUACUGACUAUUUAAAUGGUUGCGUAUUUAUGACUGGCAGAAGCCUGUCUGAUUGCUGUGUGUUGCUCUGAUAAAGAUCUUAAAUAUC